AUGACGAAAGAUGAAAACGAGAAAAACGUACUCCACGGUCCAAAGACACCGGACUCUGAGAAGUCCACGGGAAGUCUGGGGAGAUCUAAGUCGUUCGACAUCCAGGUAAAACCUUCGGAAGCACCCGCUAGCCCAAGACAUGACGUAAACGUCAACCCCGUGGAUACCACAGAUGAACCGUUUCGGAUAUUCCGAGAGAGAUCGUACAUUGAUUUACUGGAGAAAGAAAAGACUCAGAAAGUCAAAGACUUUGAUAAAAAGCAUAGACAAAAAGAAGUCCAUUUAGUUGACGGCGAACUCAAAUUUGACGAAGAUGAGUCGUCAGAAGGAGCUAAUACCAAACCGGAUGAGAAGUUAGUGGAAGGGAAUCCUUUACCGGAUCAUUUGGGCAAGUUCCCGGAUAAACUAUUGGGUCAGCCCAUCGAGGAGAUAGACCCCAAUAUAACAUCUAAGGAAGCUAGAAAGCCUUUCAGUUUGUUGCGCACAGUGAAUGCCGUCGAUAUAGAUGCGCGUAGGGAAAGUUUAAAGGCAACAAAGAUCGUCCGGCGGGAGAAAUUUGACAAAAAGAGUUUAAAAACAGUGCGAAUCGGCAAAAAUGACUUGUGUAAAUUUACUUUCGUUGUUAUUGCCAAACGAAUAAAGAAAAAGUUCAUCUACCGAUUCUCUGCAACUAAGGCCUUCUUCAUUUUGUCACCAUGGAAUCCCAUCCGCAGGAUACCUGUGUAUAUUGCCACCAACCAAUUCUUCGAUUACUUCAUCAUCCUGACCAUUGUAGUGAACUGUAUCCUAUUGGCAGCCAUUCCAGACUCCAACGAGAUUCCAGAGUAUGUGUUUCUGGGCAUCUACAGUGUGGAGAUGAUCAUAAAGCUGUUGGCCAGGGGCUUUAUAUUAAACAAAUACACAUAUCUGAGGGACCCAUGGAACUGGCUAGACUUUGCUGUUAUCAUCAUAGGCUAUGUGACGAUCAUUAUAGAGAACACUUCCCAGGGAGCAAGCUUCAACCUGGCUAGCAUGAGGACAUUCAGGGUACUCAGGGCUCUCAAGACUGUCUCCAUCAUUCCAGGGUUGCGGACCAUAGUGAAUGCAUUGCUGAGAGCUUUUAAGAUGUUGGUAGAGGUAAUCACGUUGACUGUGUUUGUGCUGAUGGUGUUUGCCUUGUUUGCCCUCCAAGUCUACAUGGCAACGCUCCGUCAGAAGUGUGUACUUGAUGUGUCAUUGGCAGGGUACACAUUAGCUGAUGGCAACUAUGACCAGUUCUACGCCAAUUGGGUGAAGAAUACAAGUAACUGGCAGACAAAUGAUGAUGGGGACUAUGUGUUGUGUGGAAAUGCCUCAUUAUCAGGAAUUUGUGACACCAACUAUAUUUGCCACGGAGACUUAGGAGAAAACCCUAACAAUGGUUUUACCGGCUUUGAUAAUUUCCUGUGGGCAAUGCUGAACUGUUUCCAGCUGAUCACCCUGGACUUCUGGGAGGAUAUCUAUGAUAAGGUGAUCCGAACCAGUGGGCCAUGGAAUGUGCUGUUUUUCAUGGCUGUGGUCUUUUUGGGAUCAUUCUACCUGAUCAACCUAAUGCUUGCUGUCGUGGCUAUGUCUUACGAAGAGGAAGCGGAGAGCGCUGGGAAGGAUAGAGAACGAGAAAGGGCCAGGCUGAAGAAAAAGCGAAAUCCUAUAUAUGACAUCGCCGUUAUGAAAGUCACAACCAGGAAGUUCAAGGAGAACAAACGUAUGAAGAAGGAGUCUCGAGAAGGUCAGAACAUUGUACAGGUGCAGCCCAUGGAGGCGUCAGUAGAUGAACCCCAGGCAGACAAAACUAAACUGACAGUGAACACAGGGGCCAGCUCCACCCCUGCCUCCACCCCUACCUCCAGUAACCCCCAGAGGCCCCUUGUGAAGAAACAAAGCAAGGACAGCGGCUUCUCUAACCGCAGCCAGGUGAGCUCCAAGUCCUCUGGAAGUAAACGAGAGGUGAAACGCCAGGGGAGUCAGGAGCAUCUGAGGACCCCCCAUGAUGCAGAAGAGAGGAGCGUGCAGAGUUCAGACACAGCCCGUGGUCACACUAACCAGGGCUACGAGGAGGACGCCACAGGUCCUGAAGAUGAGCAAAUGCAGAAAGUAGAUGACUAUGUCAUUAUAACAGCGGAAGAUGAGAACACCCAGAACGGUGAAGGCAAUGAGUUGAUAGAUCGGAACUGGUACUGGUGCCAGUUAUUUUACUGCUUCAUCCCAUUCCUCAGGUUACAGAACACCAUUUUCGUGAUCGUCUCACACCCUGUGUUUGACAUCAUUAUCACUAUCGCCAUUGUUCUCAACACCGUGUUCAUGGCAACGGAGCGUUAUCCCCAGCCAGACUACUGGUCCCAAGUCAUCGAAAUCGCAAACUAUGUGUUUACAGGCGUCUUCAUCCUAGAAGCUAUUCUCAAACUGACCGCCCUGGGCAAGUUCUACUUCAAGAGUGGCUGGAAUGUGUUUGACCUGAUAAUUGUUCUGGCUAGUAUCGUGGACCUGGCUGUCACCAGUGUACAAGGCCUGUCAGUAUUCAGGAUAAUGCGGCUGUUGAGGGUGUUUAAGUUGGCCCAAUCCUGGCCCACGCUGCGUCUCCUACUCAGUAUUAUAAUCAGCACUCUGGGAGCAUUGGGUAACCUCACCUUUAUUCUGAUGUUGGUCAUCUAUAUUUUUGCUGUGAUGGGAAUGCAGCUAUUCAGAAAUCAGUACACAGCUGACAAGUUCCCGAGUGGAGAGGUCCCCAGGUGGAAUUUUACGGACAUUACGCACUCUCUGAUGCUGAUAUUCCGUGUGCUGUGUGGGGAAUGGGUUGAGCCUCUGUGGGACUGUAUGCUGGCUGCAGAUGAAAGCUGUAUGAUUGUCUUCCUCGCAGCACUCAUCUUUGGCAACUUCAUGGUACUCAACUUGUUUCUGGCCAUGUUGCUAAAUGCCUUUGCCAGUGAUGUCCUGAGGAAGAACUCUUCAGAAGAGGGAGGCAGUGCGCUUGGAGGUUUGUUGAGAAAAAUGAAAGCUGUCUUCUGUGGCUGUUGUACUCGUAACAGGACAGGGUCCGUGGGGCCAUCUGGUGGUAAACAGGACAAAACAACAGGAGCAGUCAAUGCUGAUGAUAAAGAGUCAAGUAAGGUGCUGGAGAUGAAGACCGUUACUGGGAAUCACAAACUAACCCCGGAGAAGGAGGAAGAGAAGGAAAAGCCCAUUGCUAACGGUGUGCAGACUAAAGUUAACGUGGACGGAGAUCCGGACCAGGAGAUUAAACUGGGGGAGGAGGCAGCAACCAUGGAAACCCCCAGCACUGGGGAGAUCGUAGUUGUGGAGGAUUGCUUCCCAGCAUGCAUCACUGAUAGAUGCAGGUGUACAUGUAUGAACAAGUACAACAUGUCUAACUUCUGGAGGAAAUGGCACACAUUCAGGAAGAUCAUGUGUGUUAUCGUGGACCACAAAGUCUUUGAGGGAAUCAUUCUCCUGGUCAUUGCACUCAGCAGUUUUUCUCUGGCCUUUGAGGAUGCUUACCUGCCUCAGAAUCCUACAUUAGAGCUGGCUCUCAAGUAUCUAGACUACAUUUUCUUUGUGAUAUUUGCUGUGGAGAUGGUGAUGAAGUGGAUAGCUUACGGAUUAAAGAAGUACUUCACCACCUUCUGGACCAUUCUGGAUUUUGGGAUCGUGGCAGUGUCCUUAGCCAGCCUGAUCACAGAAGCCACAGGGCUGACAGACAUUGGUGCGUUCAGAUCUCUGCGUACAUUGAGAGCAUUCCGUCCUCUGCGGGCCAUAUCCAGAUGGCAGAGUAUGAAGAUUGUGGUGAAUGCCCUGAUGAUGGCCAUCCCCUCCAUCUUCAAUGUCCUGCUCGUCUGCCUUGUCUUCUGGCUCAUCUUCAGCAUCAUGGGAGUCCAGUUCUUUGCUGGAAAGUUCUACAAAUGUGUUGAUGCCAGCGGUGUGCGGCUGGAUGCUGCCAUUGUCCCUGACAAGACAACCUGUCUGGCCAAUGGCUACCAGUGGGUCAACUCUAAGAUCAACUUUGAUAAUAUCUUCCAGGGUUACUUGGCUCUGUUACAAGUGGCGACCUUUGAAGGCUGGAUUGAGGUGAUGGUAGAUGCUGUGGACAUAACUGAUAUUGACUUACAACCCAAGAAGGAAAACACCUUAGUGUCUUACCUGUUUUUUGUGGUGUUUAUUAUCUUUGGCUCAUUCUUCACACUCAACCUCUUCAUUGGUGUCAUCAUCGACAAUUUCAACAUGCUCAAGAAAAAGUAUGAAGGAGGCUAUCUGGAUGCUUUCCUUACACCCAGCCAAAGGAAUUAUUACAACACACUGAAGAAGUUAGGAACUAAGAAACCACAGAAAACAAUCAAGAGACCAAAGAACAAGUGGCAGUCAUUCUUCUAUGACAUCUCCCUGAGCAGUAAAUUUGAACUGGCGAUCGUGGCGGUGAUCAUUCUGAACAUGAUCGUGAUGGGAAUUGAUCACUACAACCAGACCCAGGUGGUUACAGAUACGCUGGAUAUCAUGAAUAUUGUCUUCACCUCCAUCUAUGCCCUGGAGGCUGCCAUCAAGUUGAUUGGUCUACGCUGGCACUAUUUCAGACAGGCCUGGAACGUCUUCGAUUUCAUAGUAGUUCUGCUGUCAUUGUUGGGCAUAAUUCUGGAUGACAUCUUGUCAACAGUGUUCAUAACUCCAACGUUGUUACGUGUGGUUCGAGUAUUUCGCAUUGGAAGAGUUCUGCGCCUAAUCAAAGCGGCAAAGGGAAUCCGGAAGCUGUUGUUUGCCUUGGUUAUCUCCCUUCCUGCCCUGCUAAACAUCGGUGCCCUUCUCUUCCUGGUACUGUACAUAUACGCCAUCAUCGGCAUGUCCUCCUUCAUGAACGUCAAACUCACGGGCUUUUUCAAUGACCUGGUAAAUUUCAAAACAUUUUUGAACAGUUUUGUGUUGUUGUUUCGCCUGGCGACGUCAGCGGGUUGGAACGAGAUCCUGGAUGCUUUGCUGAUCCAGCCUCCGGAUUGCUCCGAGGCCGAGGGGAAUUGUGGAGUGCCUUGGUUUGCCACGCUCUACAUGGUCUCCUAUAUAAUCAUUAUCUUCUUGAUCGUGAUCAAUACGUACAUAGCCGUCAUUCUGGAGAACUUCAGCCAAGCCCACGAGCAAGAGGAAGUAGGAAUAACAGAGGACGAUUUUGAGAUGUUUUAUGUGGUUUGGGAGCGCUAUGAUCCUCUGGCCACCCAAUUCAUCAAGUAUGAACAACUCCAAGACUUUGUGGCAGACCUCGAAGAGCCGCUGGGCAUUGAGAAACCCAACGAGAUUGCGCUCGUCUCUUUCAACAUUCCAAUUGUGGAAGGUGACAAGCUGCACUGUUUAGAUAUACUAAUGGCAUUGGUGAAACAUGUGUUAGGAAAAAUAGAACACACAGAAGAAACAGAGCAGCUCCAAACACAGAUUGAGUUGAAGUUCCAAGAGACUUUCCCCACGAGGGUAAAAACUAUCGUGAAAUCCAGCACUAUGCAAAGAAAGAAAGAGGAUGUGGCAGCAAAGACACUGCAGCGCGCAUGGCGUGGCUACAAGGCACAGAAACAGCUGCGAGCCAUCACAGGAAUGGCCAUGUUAAAUGUAGGUCCAGCCAGCGCGCCUCAUUCGCGUUCUAACAGCGUGAUAAGCCUGGGCAGAAGACUGAGCAACGCCCUCAGCUCAUUUUUCAACACCUCCCGUCCCAGCAGCGCCGUAAGCCGGCGCAGCGUCGUGUCAAAUAUGGGCACAACACUGUCUCCACAUGGGAGGACAAAAAACUCUCGUAUAUCUUGAUUGUUAUCUGACCUGUAGAGUAGCCAUGAUUAAGACUUUUGUUACAGUUUACCUACAACUACAGGUGGUUGGUAAUGAUAGAGAAAAUUUGUUGCUGUGUACAUAUAUGUUUAUGAUAGAAGUUUAUUUUAUUAUUAGAGUGCAUACAGGGAUAUGGUUUGAAAAACUGGUCCAGACAAUGACUUCCUGACUGCUUUAAAUAGGAAAGUGAAUUAUUGGAUGCUGAUUGCUAGCCUUUUCUUUAUCGUCCCAACAUGGAAUGUUGUGAUGUAUAAUGUACACAUUGGCAAGGGACGUUUGGUGGCAUGGACAGGCCCGUGUCAAUACGUGACUUGCUUUAUGACAUCAGAGUGUGUCCCUUAUGCAAGCAUUAAUGAUCUGUGAUAAUGCUCUUCGGUGUACUUGUAUGUUGUGUUUGUAGAGCUGUCUGAAUGCAAGACAUUCAGACACAAUCUUGUUAUUGUUGGUAUUUUUGUACAUUUAGUUAUUAUUAAUUUAUUGGCCUUCAGUGGUAAUGACUGUUUAAUUGCUCAGUGGUUAUUGACGAAUUAAAUAUUUAUAGAUGUGUAUCCUUUUACAAGCAGUAUUGACAAA